AUGUCAAAACGCAAAGCAUAUGGAGAUGAUUCUCCUGCAGCAUCAGAUGAUGAUUCAGACUUUGAUGAUGAUGAAGACCCAGACAAUUUGGAAGUACCAGGUGGGGGUAAAACUUUGGCUGCGGCGGCCCGUAUGGGUGACAAAACAAAGCCUCCAAACACUAUACCUGUUGUUGUCAAGGCGACCACAAAUCCAUUGGCUGCACCAUCUGGUUUAGCCUUUGGUCAAGCGGCUAAUAUGAAGCCUAUCAAGAUAUUAGGCAGCUCACUCACGAAACCUUUAAUAGGAAUAGGCAGAGGAAUACCAUCUGGUUCCGCAUUAGCCCAAAUGUCCAACAUGAAGCCUAUUAAGAUAUCAGCACUUAACCCUCUCUCAAAGCCUAUCACUGUGGGUCUGGACAGGGGAGGAGGAGCGGGUCCGGUCGCGCCGCUCGCCGCCGGCACGUCCGCCUACAACGCGGCCUCGCUACUCGCUCAGAUGGAAAUGGUGGGCCUGACAGGCAUGAAUCCGUUCAUGCAGCAGAACUUGAAGCAAGUGUGGGCGGCCGGCAUGGGCGCGUCCCUGCAGGGCAUGCUCGGCCAGCUCGCACAACUGCCACAAUUUAAGACGUGGCCUAUGGAUAAGAUGCCUGGCGAGGAGGAAGAAGUGGAUGAUGAAGAAAUGGGAGUAGCUGAGACAUAUGCAGAUUAUAUGCCUACAAAGUUGAAGCUGGGGCGCAAGCACCCGGACCCGGUGGUGGAGACGGCGUCGCUGUCGUCGGUGGAGCCCGUGGACGUGACGUACGCCGUGUGCCUGCCCGACGACACCGUGCGCGGCGGCCUGCUCUCCGCGCUGCAGCUCGAGGCCGUGGUGUACGCGUCCCAGGCGCACGAGCACAUGCUGCCCGACGGCACGCGCGCCGGCUUCCUCAUCGGCGACGGCGCGGGCGUGGGCAAAGGGCGCACCAUCGCCGGCAUCAUCUUCGAGAACUACCUGCGCGGGCGGCGGCGCGCCGUGUGGGUGUCCGUGUCCAACGACCUCAAGUACGACGCCGAGCGCGACCUGCGCGACAUCGGCGCCGGCAAGAUAGAAGUGCACUCCUUGAACAAGUUCAAAUACGCAAAAAUCUCGUCGGCCAUCAACGGCAACGUGAAGAAGGGCGUGGUGUUCAGCACGUACUCGGCGCUCAUCGGCGAGACGCAGGCCAACACCAAGUACCGCACGCGCCUCAAGCAGCUGCUGCAGUGGUGCGGGGAUGACUUCGACGGGGUUAUCGUAUUCGACGAGUGUCACAAAGCAAAGAACCUGUGCCCGGUGGGCUCGGGCAAGGCCACGAAGACGGGCCUCACGGCGCUGGAGCUGCAGAACAAGCUGCCCAAGGCGCGCGUGGUGUACGCCUCCGCCACCGGCGCCUCGGAGCCCCGCAACAUGGCGUACAUGGUGCGCCUCGGCAUCUGGGGGGAGGGGACCCCCUUCCCGACCUUCAUGGACUUCAUUAAUGCCGUUGAGAAGAGAGGCGUAGGCGCCAUGGAGAUAGUUGCGAUGGACAUGAAGCUGCGGGGCAUGUACAUCGCGCGCCAGCUCUCCUUCCACGGCGUGUCCUUCAAGAUAGAGGAGGUGCCGCUCUCCGACUCCUUCAGGGACACCUACGACAAGGCCGUGGCGCUGUGGGUGGAAGCGAUGCAGCGCUUCACAGAGGCGGCCGAGCUGAUCGACGCGGAGCCGCGCAUGAAGAAGACCAUGUGGGGGCAGUUCUGGUCGGCGCACCAGCGGUUCUUCAAGUACCUCUGUAUUGCUUCUAAGGUGAACCAGGCGGUGGUGACGGCGCGCGAGGCGGUGAAGUGCGGCAAGUGCGUGGUGAUCGGGCUGCAGAGCACGGGCGAGGCGCGCACGCUCGACCAGCUCGAGCGCGACGACGGCGAGCUCUCCGACUUCGUGUCCACCGCCAAAGGCGUAUUCCAAACACUCGUUGAGAAGCACUUCCCCGCGCCAGACAGAGAGAGAAUAAACAGGCUGUUAGGAUUGGAGGCGAAGGGCAAGGCGGCGCCCGUCGCGCCCGUCAACGGCAAGAACGGGAUGGACGACGGCAAUACUUCUAAGAGGAAAUUGACCGCCCGACAGCAAGUGAACGCAGCGUCGAAGCGCAUGCGCGGCGGCUCGUCGUCCGACGAGUUCGUGCGCUCCGACGACGAAGCCGACGCCGACGCCGACUCCGACGACGACAAGCGCGCCUCCGACUCCGACCUCAGCGACUUCAACCCGUUCCACGCCGGCAGCGACAGCGACGACGAACCAUGGCUGGGUCGUAAGAAGAAGGUGGCGAAGAAGAAAAAGGCCAGUGCGAAGAAGAAGUCGGCGAGCACGCAGGACAAGAUCGAGACCAUGUUCGAGCGCAAGUGCCUCGCGCCCACCGUCACCGUCACGCAGGCGGGCCGCUCGCUCACCGGCACGCCCGUGGGCACCAAUGGACUGUAUUUAGGUCCUACGCGCAGUCAGCCGCCGGCCCGUAGCGCCAUCGAGCGCGCGUGCAGCAUGAAGGAGCAGCUGCUGGCCGCCAUCGAGCGUCUCGGCCGCCGCCUGCCGCCCAACACGCUCGACCAGCUCGUGGACGAGCUGGGCGGCACCGACAACGUCGCAGAGAUGACAGGUAGAAAAGGUAGAGUGGUACAAACUGAAGACGGUCAAAUACAGUACGAAAGUCGGUCCGAGGCCGACGUUCCUCUGGAAACGUUAAACUUGACCGAAAAACAAAGGUUUAUGGACGGCGAGAAAGACGUCGCCAUUAUCUCUGAAGCUGCGUCAAGUGGUAUAUCAUUGCAGAGUGAUCGAAGAGCGAGAAAUCAAAGGCGAAGAGUUCACAUAACGUUGGAAUUACCUUGGUCGGCCGACAGAGCUAUACAACAGUUUGGUCGUACACACAGAUCCAACCAAGUGAACGCGCCGGAGUACAUCUUCCUGAUCUCGGACCUGGCGGGCGAGCGCCGCUUCGCCUCCACCGUCGCCAAGCGGCUGGAGUCUCUGGGCGCGCUCACGCACGGCGACCGUCGCGCCACAGAGACCAGGGACCUCAGCCAGUUCAAUAUUGACAACAAAUAUGGUCGCACCGCGCUGGAGGCGGUGAUGAAGGCGAUCAUGAAGUAUGAGACGCCGCUGGUGGCGCCGCCGCGGGACUACGCCGGCGACUUCUUCCAGGACGUGGCCUCCGCGCUCGUGGGCGUCGGCCUCAUCGUCAACAGCGACAGCGCGCCCGGCAUACUGGCGCUCGACAAGGAUUACAACAAUAUGUCAAAGUUUUUAAACAGGAUAUUAGGCAUGCCGGUAGAGUUACAGAAUAGGCUGUUCAAAUACUUCACCGACACGCUCGCCGCCGUCAUGGAGCAAGCGAAGCGCAGCGGGCGCUUCGACCUGGGCAUCCUGGACCUGGGCAGCGCGGGCGAGAGCGUGCGCCGCGUGCGCUGCGUGCGCUUCCUGCGCCGCCACGCCACCGGGCAGGCGCCCGUCGAGCUGCACACCGUGCACUCGGAGCGCGGCAUGGAGUGGUCGGAGGCGCUCGAGAAGUGGCACGCGGCGGAGGCGGAGGCGCGCGCGCGCCGCGCCGAGCCCGCGCCCGACGGCUUCUACGUGUCGGCGGCGGCGCGCGGCGGCAAGCACACGGCCGUGCUGUGCGUGGCGCAGCGCGCGCGCGCCCGCGCCGGCGACCGCGACCGCGACAAGAAGGACCUCAUGUUCCAGGUCUACAGACCGAACACCGGUCUCCAGAUCCGGCUGGAGUCGCUGUCGGAGCUGGAGAAGAAGUACCGGCGCGCGUCGGCCGAGGAGGCGGAGGCGCCGUGGCGCGCGCAGCACGCCGCCUCGCUGCGCGUGUGCGCGCACGCCUACUGGCGCUCCGCCUGCCGCAACGCGGACACCUGUGAGGUGGGCCUGCGCGUGCGCACGUACAACGUGCUGGCGGGGUCGGUGCUGGCGGUGUGGGCGCGCGUGGAGGCGGCGCUGGCCGCGCGCUCCGCCGCCAAGAUGCAGGUCGUGCGCCUCAAGACCGACGACGGCCUCAAGAUCGUUGGUACGCUUAUUCCAAAGAAUUGCGUGGAGACGCUGAAAGAGACGCUGUCGUCGGACGCCGUGUCCGUCACCGAGCAGACCUUCGACCAGCCCGACCUCAAG